CCCUCCUUUCCUCCUUCCCUCUUCUCGCAUCUCCUUUCCCCGUUCUUUGCAGCUCUGUUGUACUUCCCUCUCUUCCUCUCCCCUCCCUUCCCUCCCUCCGCCGCCUUUAUGACCCCGUGGCCCUGGGGGCAGCAGAAGGGGGAUGGCUCGCCGGACUCGCGGCAUCGAGGAUCAAGAUGAGUUGCACUGUCAGGACACAGAUUCUGAUGUACAGGAACAGAGAGAAAAUAAGUGCAAGGUCAAGUGGACCCACCAAGAGGAUGAGCAGCUGAAGGCGCUGGUGAGGCAAUAUGGGCAGCAGGACUGGAAGUUUCUUGCGAGCCACUUUCCUAAUCGCAGUGAUCAGCAGUGUCAGUAUCGGUGGUUGAGGGUUUUGAAUCCGGACCUUGUCAAGGGACCUUGGACGAAGGAAGAAGAUCAAAAGGUCAUUGAACUGGUGAAGAAAUAUGGCACCAAACAAUGGACAUUGAUUGCCAAGCACCUGAAAGGGCGCCUGGGAAAGCAGUGCAGAGAGCGCUGGCACAAUCACCUGAACCCCGAGGUGAAGAAGUCAUGCUGGACGGAGGAGGAGGACCGCAUCAUCUGUGAAGCUCACAAGGUCCUGGGCAACCGCUGGGCCGAGAUCGCCAAGCUUCUCCCUGGAAGAACUGACAAUGCGGUGAAGAACCAUUGGAACUCUACCAUCAAACGGAAGGUGGAUACUGGGGGCUUCCUAAGUGAGACCAAGGACCCAAAGUCUGUGUACCUGCUUGUGGAGCUGGAGGAUAGGGAGGGUCAGAGUGUGCAUUCAGCAGAGAGCCAGUUUAGGUCUUUGGGUAAUCUUGAUUCCCCUCUCCUCCCUAAUUACUGUUUUAAACAGAAGACUCUUACUACUGAUUGGUCCACUGGGGUCAUGGAAGUGGAAGAGGAAGUCAGUGAGGAGGAGAUAGCAACCACAUCAAGUAUCUCGGCUGCAACCACAUCAGGUGUCCUGGCUGCAACUGCCUCAGGUGUUGUAGCCACAGCUGCCUCUGCGGAGCAGCAGGAGGGGGCUCCUGAGGAGCCGGCCAAAGACCUUAUCCCUGACCCCAUGGAGGAGACUCCCAAGGAGCUGAAGUCUGAGGAUUCUCCCGUGGAAGUCAGCUCCCCAUACAAGUGGGUGGUGGAGGCUGCCAACUUCUUGUGUCCAGCUACAAUGCCAAACUUGACAGAUGCCCUGGAUCUGAUAGAAUCGGACCCUGAUGGAUGGUGUGACCUGAGUAACUUUGACCUGCCUGAGGAUUUGUCCAAUGGUGGUGGUAACAGCAGCAGCAGUAGCAGCAACAGCCCAGUUAAGCAGACAUUCAGCAAGCCUACAGUCUCUGCCCAAAGCAUGACAGAGUACCGUCUGGAUGGUCACGUCAUCUCCGACCUGAGCAAAGGCAGCCGAGGCGAGCUAAUCCCCAUCUCCCCCAACACCGAAGUCAGCUUUAGUACUCCACCCUCCAUCCUCAAGCGGCAGAAAAAGAGGAGGGUCACCCUUUCUCCUGUCUCAGAGAACAGCCCCAAUGCCAGCUAUUCGUUUGUGGAUUCCUGUAAUAGCCUGACCCCCAAAAGUACACCAGUGAAAACGCUUCCCUUCUCCCCUUCCCAGUUUUUAAACUUCUGGACCAAACAGGACACUUUGGAGCUAGAGAGCCCUUCACUGACAUCCACACCUGUGUGCAGCCAGAAGGUCAUUGUCACCACCCCAUUGCACCGUGACAAGACUCCCCUGCACCAGAAAAGCAACGCUUUUGUUACCCCGGAUCAGAAGUACUCAAUGGACAACACUCCCCACACACCCACUCCAUUCAAGAAUGCCCUGGAGAAGUAUGGACCACUAAAACCUCUGCCCCAGACCCCACACCUGGAAGAAGACUUGAAGGAGGUACUUCGGACUGAGGCCGGUAUUGAGCUGAUCAUAGAAGAUGACGUGAAACUUGAAAAACAAAAGAGAAAACAAGGACUACAUCGGAGUCCAAUUAAGAAAGUCCGAAAAUCUCUUGCCCUUGACAUAGUGGAUGAAGAUUUGAAGCUUGUGGUAUCCUCUCUGCCAAAGACUGUGUGUUUUAAAAGAAACCAGCCAACAAGCUUCUUGUCUAGCUCCCUCAAUCUGACGUCCUCAAGCAGCAAAGAUGACAGUAGUUUGCUCAACCAAGGGUUUCUACAGGCAAAGCCGGAGAAGGCCUCGUUCCCAAAGACCCUGAGCCAUUUCCAAGGCCCUGCUCCGAUGUCCAGCGCUUGGAAAAUUGUGGCUUGUGGUGGAACCAGAGACCAGCUUUUUAUGCAGGAAAAGGCCCGGCAGAUCUUGGGUACCCUAAAACAGAGCCACACUUCUCGGACACUAAUUUUGUCAUGAAAAAUAUGGAAUUUUGACGUAGUAGGUUUUUUUUUCCCUUUUUUGAUUGGCAGGCAUGAAUUUGAAAUUUUAUUUUUUCAAAAUAAGUUAUUCAAAAAAGUUUCAAGGAACUUAAUUGAAUUUUGUGGUGCAAGAGAGAAGUCUGCCUCUACACUCCUUCCAUGGAUUCAUGUGGUACCUGCAAAGAAAGAAGAAAAGUGAUUUUGGAUCUAACCUGGAAGAAAAUGAACAAUGGACUCUUUCCUGGGUUCUGCAGCAUUUCUGCCCUGGGCCUGGGUUUUCCCUUUCCCUUCUAUGGCAGUUACCGGGUACUUUCAAGAGUUCUUGAGAUUGUAUUCUCUUACCUUGUUAAUAUUAGGAAAGCUUGGGUUUUCCCUAGUUGUAUGUUUUCAGCAUGAUCUUACCCCCUUGUUGAGGACCUUGAAAAGGGAGUCUUUGGGGAAUUCCUGUUAAACUUGGGCACACCUGUUCAGCUGAAACAAGGUGGUGUCCAAUGGGUGGCAAUCAGUUCCUUCUAUCCCCUUUUCCCUUUUGUUUCAUUUAAUAUUAAUUAUUAAUUUUUUUAUAAAAAAAAUAAAAGCUCCCUGAAGCUUCA